GCAUGUCCUCUAAAAAACGGUACGGAACAUAUGGUCGUGCAAUCACAUCACCUGCACUUUUAUCGUCUUCCGUUGGAUGGACACGUCCGGAUGUCACGUCACAGAUAGACCGUCUCCGUUCUCAAGCAACUUCUGUUGUCAGCAGUCCUCCACCACACGAAUAUGCAGUACCACAUGCAUUCAGUGGUAGCAGUAAUGGAACUAAUGCAUCAAGACCACCUGCAGAUCCAAAGCAACCGCAGAGAAGUAGAGCUGAACGUUUGAGACAUCGUAUCAGUGAAAGAAGAACAAAUGCCUACAUGAUUCCUCCAUCAAGUACAACUGGAAAAGACCCGGCUAUUGACGCAUUGAUGAAUAAAUAUCUGAAUAAAUCGAAGGAAAAUUUAGAUGAAGGCAGAAAAAGUAGAGAAAGUUCACGAGCCCAAGAAUUACUAGCUAGAACCAAUCGCGAAAUGUCACCAACAAUUGAUUCGUUGAUGAAAAGAUACGGGAAUAAUAAUUCAUCAGCACAUCGGAUCAAAGACUCAACUGUAUCUAGAAGAGAGUCUAUGGAAAUUCAGGAUAAUGAAAAUUCUAGAUCACUGGACAACAAAUCUUGCAGAGAAGCACGAUUGAGUGGCAGUGAUGUGAGAAUCAAAUGGGAGGUAACGAACACGGAGGUGAAGCCGACAUCCUCUGUAAAACGUUUCAGUGUUAUCAUUGAUCCAACAGGUGGACGAAUGCCCGUCGGAAAUUCGGGAUCUCGAUCGGGUCGAUUGGCACGUAUCAGUCAAUCGAAUAUACGACCGUUUGGAUCAAAUGGCGGUGGAGCUACGAACAGUUAUGGACCCGGAACCCAUCCAAUGUCCGGUGCUGAACCAUGUAGCCCAACAAAAAAGGAAAAGCAUCGAUUCGAAAUCACAAAAAAACUUGGCUCCGGAACAUACGGAAAAGUAUCGUUGGCAUAUGAUCACAAGUUCGAUCGAGAGGUUGCUGUCAAAUUGAUCAAAAAAAGCGCAAUUGAAAGCAAAGCUGACUUGGUUCGAAUUCGAAGGGAAAUUCGUAUUAUGAGUGCAUUAAACCAUCCAAAUAUUAUUCAGAUUUAUGAAGUGUUUGAAAACAAAGAUAAAAUUAUUCUCGUAAUGGAGUACUCUAGCGGUGGAGAAUUGUAUGAUUAUGUCUCCAGAUGUGGAUCUCUUCCGGAAGCAGAAGCUCGUCGUAUAUUCCGACAAAUCACUUCUGCAGUCCUUUAUUGCCAUAAACAUCGGGUUGCUCACAGAGAUUUAAAAUUGGAGAACAUUCUUUUAGAUCAAAAUAAUAAUGCAAAAAUUGCCGAUUUUGGUUUGUCCAAUUAUUUCGCCGAUAAGAAUCUUCUGACAACAUUCUGUGGAAGUCCAUUGUAUGCAUCUCCAGAAAUUAUCAACGGAACACCAUAUAAAGGUCCAGAAGUUGAUUGUUGGUCACUUGGAAUUCUUCUCUAUACUUUAGUUUAUGGAAGUAUGCCUUUUGAUGGAAGAGACUUUAAUCGAAUGGUCAGGCAAAUCAAAAGAGGAGCCUAUUUUGAGCCAGAGACACCGUCAACGGCAUCAAUGUUAAUCCGAAACAUGCUUCGAGUAAACCCGGAGAGAAGAGCCACCAUUUUUGACAUUGCAUCCCAUUGGUGGCUGAAUCUUGAAGAAAAUAUGCCUGUGAUUCAAGAACUUCCUGAAAAUCAAAUUAUCGAUCACACUCCUUUAACGGAAAGAGAAGAGACAAUGAUAGUACAAGAUCUCGCUGAUGAACAAGACGUUUUCAUGGAAUUCGGGCAUCUUUCAUCAGAGACUCGUCGCAAGAUUGAAGACUUCAGAAUACGAAGAAAAGAGGCUGAGGAGUUUAAUGAUAAUUCACCGGUGAAACCUCCAAAAGCAAGGAAAACUGAUGAAUUAACUGGAAAAAUUUCGAAAGAACAACCGGAAGAGAUGAAGUCUGCUGAAAAAUCUCUGAGAGGAGUAAAAGAGGAGAAAGAAAAACCGAAAGUUGUUGAUCCGAAUGAUCCACUGGAAAGACUCAGACAAAUUGAAAAUCGAUUGGGACAAAAUAAGAAAGACAAAGAGGCAGCAAAAACAUCCGCCCGCGUUGAAACAGUAAAACUUAAAGAGGUGAAGAAAGAAAAGUCUCCAGAGCAACAACCAGAAGAUCCGAAAACUGCAAGAGGAACAUCAAAACCAGCUGAUUCUCGUGCUCCAUCAUUCGUUCCAGUUAAGGAUCGUCCAGAAACUUCUGAACCUGAAAGACCACGUACUCGUCCACAUUUGACUGCAAGUGCCUACAGAAUUGAAACGGAUUCUUUGAAUAUGUUGAUGAAUCAAGUACUCGAACAAAUGGAAAAAGGACCAGUCAAUUUGAAUAUUAUUGCAAGAAUCAAAGCCCAUCCACUAUAUGACACAAGGCCAAUGGUGAAAGAACUUUUGGAAAGUAUUAUUGCUGCUCAGCCAGAGCCCGUGCAAAAGCAGACUAGCAAAGUGGUCGAGCAACAGACAUUCUCCCGCCAAAAUACACUGACGAGAAAGAAGAAAGAGGAUCCAUUAGAAGAGGAGAUCCCAGAAGUUCCAUCACCUUCACGAAAGAUGAAGGAGAGACCAUGGCAUUCUGUAGAGGUUGGAUUUGAUCCUGACGAGGAACCAGAGCAUGAUCGCAUGCAGGAAUCAAUUGCCAGCAAUGCAACAGAAGUUACUGUACAAGAUACUUCCUUUGAAGAUGAUAGUUCUGAUGAAGAAGAGAGAAAGAAGACGCCAGUUGCAUCAACACCAAAGACUCCAGUUCUAAUUGUUGAAAAACAAGAAAGCUCAACGAAUGCGGAAGAUGAAGAAAGUGAUGAAGGAGAUGAUUAUAGUGAUGCUGAAAUGGAGGAAUUAGCUGAUGAAGUUGACAAGAAAGGACCGUCAGAUUCUAAACUCGCUCCAGUUGUGGAGAAUCUCGAAGCUAAUCCGCCACCAGAUCCAUCAAGUUCACCUCAAUUCCUUGAUGCAUUUGAUAGAGGUCUCAUUAAGAGACAAAGUAAAGGAAAAUAUCAGCACACUCUCAUCAAUAAUUAUGGUCGUGGUGUGUCAACGGAAUGUGAAUCUCCAACACAGCAACGAAAGUUCUUUGGUGGUCCUCAACCUUCUGCAGAGCUGUCACCUUUCCUCUUUGACAAAGCAAAGGAAAUUCUUCAAACAUACCCUAACAAUAAAUUGGAUGCUCGUGGAAUUGAUGUUGAGUUGAGACGGAAAUUAAGAAUGGAGAAGGUGAAAGCUGAUCUUCUGAAACAGCCGAAAGACGGAGAUAAACCUAGAAAUUCAUACGUUGGCAGUGUACCACCUCGUUCACCUCCUCCGAUCGUUGUCAAGUCAGAUGGAGAAGAGCUUGAUGAUGAGGAAGAAGAAGAAGAGGAUGAGGAAGAGAUUGAGGAGACUGAUUCUGAAGAAGGAUCUGACUUUGAGAAUUUCAAACCAAAGCGUCCAAUUAUUGCUGCAGUUCGACGAGAUGAUGGUGCUGUGGUGCCAGUGAUUCAUCAAACUACUCGACCUGCUGUUGUUUCUCCAAACUCUCAAAAUCCACGUUAUCAAGUUGCUUCACCAAAAACUUCGACGGUGAUUCAGGCGACUCCAGAAAAAGUACCGGUAGCAGGAACAUCUGCCAAAUAUCUUGUCACGGUUGCUGAAUUGAAGCUGAAGCCUACGGACAAGAAGGAGGAAGCUCAAUUGAAGGAGCAAUUGAAGGACAGUGAGAUCAAUAGUGAAAGAAAAGUGACAAAAGGAGCUGCACCGUCAACAAUUUCUCAAGAUUCCGAUGGUAAAGACACGUUUGAGAGUGCUUCUGCAUAUAUUCGACGCAAAAAUCGAGAAAGACGUCAAAGAAAUCGGACGAUUGGAACAGCAGAAGAAGCACUACGGGCUCUCGAGAGACCGUCUGUGGAUCCAUACGAUGAUCGUGCAUUCUCUCCUCUCUCGACUGAUCCAUUUUAUUCUCAUCACUCAUCUGGUUCAGCUGCUCCAUCAGCACUUGGAUAUGUUCGACCUCGUUAUCAUGAUGAUAGUUACCGUACUCAUCGAGACAGUGAUUAUCGUCCAAUGUCACCAACAAGUCGUUACACAGCCGCUGUUACCAGAGAUGAUCGUGGCAAAUCAACAUCGUACGACCCACAUGAAACCACCAGACCAUCGUACGAUAGAGGCUACAUAACUUCAUCCAAUGCAAGUCCAAGUUAUACCCGGAAGUUUGAACAUGAGCAACCAACAUUGAACUCAUGGGCAAAUGACCGUAAAUUCGAAGUCUACAAAACACGGGCUGAAAGAGAUGCUGAAAGGAAUACAUAUCAUCCAACUGGAACUACUGGUGCGAGCUCAUAUCGUCCAUCUUCAUAUUAUACAUCAGCAAGUGAUAGACCCGUCACUGGUCUAAGACGUCCCGAAGAGAGUUAUACAUCUUCAACCAAUUAUGGGAGAUAUGAUGGAAGAUCAACAACACCCAGCAACGACCAAUACGCAAUUUCAACGGCUUUGGCUGAAAAUCAAGCUUCAAGUAUGAAUAAUCGUUUCCGUCCAACUGCUCGACGCGUUGCAUCUGCAAUGACUGACGCAGAUCGUCGUAAUUAUCACAGAUCAAGAUCAAUGGAUAGAAAUAAGGUUGAUUAUGAAUAUGGAAGCAAUUUGUUGAAUAGACUUACAACACCUGAUUCUCAUGGAGACUACUCGUAUGUAAACUAUCACGACAGUUCAAAUGGAAGAUCUAAUAUCACAUUGGAAAAAGAUGGACAGCCAAGGAGUAUUCUGAAAAAUAAACAGAGUGCUGACAUCGAACCACGUGUUGAAUCGUCUUAUGAGCCAAGCAAUGGAGUUCGAUCGGUGUUCGAACGUCUUCGUCGUCAUUUGUCUCUCGAGAAAAGUGUUUCGCCGCAAAGACAGAACACUUCAUUUUAUGGCAGACAGCUUCGCGUUGCAUCUGUCGGACCACAUAGUCGAAAUAUUGAUAGCACAUCAUCUGCAUUAGACAAUCCAAAAAAGAAAAGAUCAUUGCUCUCAUUCAAUCGGAGAAAGACAAGUGAAGUACGAAUGGGUGCCGAUGGAAAGCUGGUUACAAAUGGAUAUGAUAGUACACCGAGUAGCAGAGAUUUCAAGAGACCAAGCUCCCCAAUCGAUCGGAUAAAGUCUCUGUUCAGAAAGAAUGAAAGUUCAGGAACUGGGCACUCGGAUUAUUAUAAUUCUUCAAGAAACUACACAUCUUCAAAUCCGGUUUCCACAACUCGCGAGCCAUAUGUUGCCCAAUAUAGAAAAUAUCCAGGUUCAACCUCACGUGAUACGUCCAGCGCUCUCAAUCGUUACUCAUACACUCCUGGUCUAACAGAUCAACGCCGUCAUUGGUAUGAUGAUCCAAAUAUUUAUUAA